AUGGUAAUUGGUGACUUCAACGCUGUGUUAGGAGCCCACGAGAAAUCGGGAGGCCCAUCUCCUUCUCGCCUCUCUUGUGCAGAUUUUCAAAGUAUGUCAGAUACUUGUGAUUUUGUUCAUUUGGAUACUUCAGGUUUGUUCUUUACUUGGUCAAAUGGUUGGAGCACCCGUGGCCAUGUUGAGCUUCGUCUGGACAGAUGUCUCUGUGAUACCACUUGGUUUGAAGCUUGGCCUUUUACUAGCUGUGUUGCUCUUCCCCGUGUUGUUUCUGAUCAUUCUCCACUGAUUUUCUCUGCUUCAAAACUCUCCCCAAGUGGUCCUAAGCCUUUCAGGUUUCAGUCUAUGUGGUUGCAGCAUCCAAAUUUUCAUGCAGUAGUGUCUAAUUGCUGGAGUUCCUUUCAACUUUGUGGCUGCCCAAUGUUUGUUGCUUUGCAGAAACUAAAGGCUCUGAAACAGUGUCUGCGUGAUUGGAACAAAGCGGUCUUUGGUAAUGUCCAUCAAAACGUUGCUGCUGCUCGCGAAAAUCUAGUCACCAUACAACAUGAUAUCGCGACCCGUGGCAUGACUGAUCAAAAGUUUGAGGAUGAGAUUGCUGCAAAGUCUUCAGUCUUAAAUGCUCUCAGGUUGCAAGAAACCUUUUGGAAAGAUAGAGCUCGAGUUAAGUGGCUUACUGAUGGGGAUCGAAGUACAUCUUUUUUCCAUACUUAUGCCAAGGUUCGUGCAGCAAAGGGUCAAAUGUCUUCUAUCCGUGUGGGGGAGCGGUUACUUACUGACCCUUCAGACAUUGCAGCACAUACUGUGGCUUUUUAUCAGAAUCUCUAUGAUAUUUCCUCCCCUUCUACAAACGUGGAUGAGGUUUGUUCUGUUAUCCCAUCUUUGGUGACAGACGAUGAAAAUGUGGUGCUAUCUGCAAUUCCUACAUCUGAGGAAAUUAGAAACGCAGUUUUUUCUAUGGAUGGUUCUAGUGCUCCAGGGCCUGAUGGUUUUUCAGGGUCUUUUUAUCAUGCUUGUUGGGAUAUUGUUGGUACUGAUGUGGUGGCAUGUGUUCGUCAAUUUUUUCUUCAAAACUGGAUCCUCCCCAACAUGAAUUGCAAUUUUUUAGUUCUCAUUCCAAAAGUCCCAAAUGCUCAACUUAUUACUCAGUUUCGCCCAAUUGCCUUAGCCAAUUUUCUCUUCAAGAUCAUUCCGAAGAUUUUGGCUUCUCGCUUGGGGUCUAUUGCUGCACGCAUAAUUUCUCCUCAGCAAUCUGCCUUCUUACCUGGUAGACGUAUCAAUCACUGUAUUGGUAUGGUUUCGGAAUGUUUUAACUUAUUGGACCGAAAGGCUUAUGGUGGAAAUGUGGGAAUCAAAGUGGAUAUAGCAAAGGCAUUUGACACUCUGAAUUGGGAUUUUCUGCUCCGAGUUUUAAGCAAUUUUGGGUUCUCUCCUACUUUCACUAGUUGGGUCAGCUCUAUUCUUUACUCAGCUAGAUUAUCUCUUUUAAUCAAUGGCUCUCCUCAAGGUUUUUUUAAGUGUGCUCGUGGUGUUAGACAAGGAGAUCCUCUUUCUCCACUCUUAUUCUGCCUUGCAGAGGAGGCUCUCAGCCGGGGUCUUCACCUACUUCUCCAAACCCGUCAAUUGAAGCCAAUUUCUUUUCCCAGAAAUUGCACUGCACCGUCUCAUGUGUUAUAUGCAGAUGACCUCAUGGUGUUUUGCCGUGGGGACAAAAACUCUCUUAAACGUCUGCGUCGGUUUUUUGACCGUUAUAGUGCAGCUUCAGGGCAAUUCAUUAAUGCGGAGAAAAGUACUUUCUAUCUUGGAGUUAGGUCUCGUCAUAGGAAAGGUACAGUUCAACGUAUUUUGGGUUUUCAUGCAGGUCGUCUACCUUUUAUUUAUCUAGGAGUUCCUAUAUUUUGUGGAAAACCCCGCAGCUGUCAUCUCCAAGUUAUUGCCGAUAGAGCUAAGUCAAGGUUAAUGGGUUGGCAGGGGAGGCUUCUCUCUAUGGCUGGGCGUACUCAACUUGUGCAAUCUGUUUUUCAGAGUAUGCUUCUUCAUAGUUUUUCAGUGUAUCAAUGGCCUGCUUACCUUGUGAAGAAGUUAUCUACUUGGGCGCGUAAUUUUAUAUGGUCCGGAAAUAUUGAGACUCGGAAAAUUGUCACUGUUGCUUGGACUCAAGUUUGUGCUCCGAAAAAAGAGGGCGGGGUUGGUAUUCGUGACCUGGCAACUCUUAAUUCUGCGGCUGUUCUAAGGUUUGCAUGGAACUCUUUCACUUCUUUGAAUCAAUGGGGUGAUUAUAUGCGAACUCGUUACCCUAUUGUAUCUAGUUCCAAAGUGAGUUAUCGCAAAUCAUCAAUCUGGCCAGGCUUCCGUUCUAUUGCUCUUCAUAUCACCCACAAUUGUCGUUGGAUUAUUGGAGAUGGUCGUUCAGUGUCCUUUUGGAAAGAUAAAUGGCUUCAGGAUCCAAUUUUGAAAAUUUUGGGUUUUUUCGACUGGUCAGGAUUCAGUGAUUUACGAGUGGCAGAUUUCAUCUCAGAUCAGUCUUGGCAGUUCCCCUCUUUUUUCCUAGAUACCUUUCCAGACUUGUACAGAAAAAUUUCUGAUAUUUGUCUCCCUUUAGACACAGAACCUGAUAUGCUAAUUUGGGAGUCUACAGCCUCUGGAGAGUUAUCUUUCACUAACUCUUAUAACUUGCUUAGACGUCACUUUAUUUUGAGAGACUGGGCUUCUACUAUUUGGCAUUCCUUCAUUCCUCCGCGCUAUUCUUUCUUGGCUUGGAGGAUUCUCCUUGAUCGCUUGCCCACUGAUGAUCGGUUGAAAAGAGGUGGGAUUCCGGUUGUGUCCAUCUGCCAAUUAUGCAACAGUUCGGCAGAGUCAGCGUUGCACCUAUUUUUACAUUGUCCUUUUUCCCAACAUCUUUGGGGAUGGCUGGCAACUCAGUUUGGAACCUCACUUCCUGCUUAUAGCUCUCUGUUGGAUUUUUGGGUUGGCUUUUGUCACAAGGUUUUCUCCCCUCAGCUUUAUAAUUUGUGGUUGGCAGCUGGCUUGCUUACUUUCAUGGAAAUUUGGAAGGCGCGAAAUAGACUCAGGUUUGAUGAUCGAUCUCCUAUCUUUUCUACACUGUGUUGUUCAAUUAUGGCAUGGCUUCGGCAAUUUGGUUCCCUUGUUCCUGGUCACUUUAAGGGCGUCCUUGAUUCCCGCCUAUUAUCCUCCCUUGGGGUGUGCCCCAAGCCCCGUAAUGCGCCCAAGAUUCAACGUGUCAUAUGGCAUCCCCCCCUCUUUCCUUGGGUCAAAGUUAACACUGAUGGUCUGGCGAAAGGUAAUCCUGGUCCUGCAGCUUGUGGGGGAGUCUUUCGUGAUGCCUCUGGGGUUUAUUUAGGGAGUUUUUGUCAACCUCUUGGUCGCAAUUCAUCCUUCUAUGCUGAACUUUGUGCGGUUAUUGUGUCUAUUGAAGUUGCUUUCACCAGAGGUUGGACUACUCUGUGGUUGGAAAGCGAUUCUACUAGUGUUUUAGCAUCUCUUUCCUCCAUUUCUUUCUCUCCUCCAUGGGACUUGAGAGUUAGAUGGCAAAACUGCCUGAAGAACAUUCAACAAAUGCAAUUUCGGAGCACUCAUAUUUUUAGGGAAGGGAAUGCAGCUGCUGAUAAGAUGGCAAACUUAGGUGUUUCAAAGCACUCAUUUACUUGGUAUCCUAGCCCUCCUGCAGAGCUUCACAGGUACUUGCAGGCUGAUUUUUUGGGACUCCCAAAUUAUCGCUUCACAGGUUGCUGA